AAACAGCCACUUACCUGUUCUGUGGUGUGUCCCCCGCAGCUCAUUUUACCGGCCGUCCUGUAUUCCAGGAGGCCAGCAUCUUCAGUGUGGGCAUCCGGCUGUGAUAGCUUGCGGCUUCACAGCUGGGUACCCAAUGCGCAUGCGCGAGUAGCGCUGCGCUUCGUGAAUGGUCCUUUAGUCUUCUGGGACCUAUCACAUGUCCCAAAAGACUACAGAGAGGGAGGGAGGACACCUUCCGUUUCCAAUUGCCUAGGUGAUCGGACUGGAAGUGGGAGCGGGUACCUGUCAAAUUCGGAUACCUGCUCCCCCCCUGCUCCCCAAAGGUGCCAAUUGUUAAUGGGGAGCGGGGGAGCAGUCCGUAAAGCAGAACUUCCCCUUUUGUGUGGAGCUCCACUUUAAAUUAUAUUUUUGUAUUUAUAG